CAUGGAAAUGCGCUCGCUCGUGGUCAGUCAGAGCACGAAAGCAGGCCUUCAGCAUGUAUGUGACAUCGAGCCUUCGACAGCUUCACCGGCCAUCCUCAACUGGGCUCGAGACCAGAUCAACAUCUGCCAGAAGAGCCACGAGCGCUGCCACAUACCGUGGAUAGCAAACGGGGGUAUAAUACAGAUCUCUCAAUUCCUUCCCAGACGGCUGAUCGACGUCGGGCAAGAGAAUGAUGCAACCGUAAAGCUGAUAAGUCAAUCGGAGCUCGCUUCAGACUCGCCAAAAUAUCUCGCGCUCAGCUAUUGUUGGGCCGGUCUCGCUGGGAUUCGACUGUGCAAAUCCAACUUUGAAACGCUAGUUGAGCCUUCGCGGGUCGAUGUCUGGGACAAGACGUACCGUGAUGCGAUAGCGAUCACACGUGUGCUCGGAAUGCGAUAUCUUUGGGUUGACGCUCUCUGCAUCAUGCAGCCAGAGGACGGAGACGAUGGCGCUGGUCUGGCAGACUGGAGAGAACAAGCUCCGGAGAUGGGUCGAAUCUAUGCUCAUGCAGCGUGCGUCCUCUCGGCCACGGCGGCAAAGAACACGACUGACGCAAAGGACACAAUCGUCACCGACUUGUUCCGUGAGAAAGUAGACAAGGCACGAUUGUCUACCCGUGGCUGGGCAUUUCGGGAGCGUGUUCUCGCUACGCGCAUACUGCACUUCUGCGACGGCGUCGUGCUGUUCGAAUGCAGCGAGAUGCAGGCAUCCAGCAGCCACCACAUCAGCCAGCCUCCGAAGACUACGAGUUUGAUAGUUCUUUGUUGUUUCAUCACUGCUGGUUUUGACCUAGUUGGUGAAUACUUUGCUCGCGAUCUUACAAAGCCCACUGACAAGAUCAUGGCCAUUGCGGGUCUUGCGCAAUACCUCCCAUUUCGCUUCGAAGCCGGUAUUCUGUUCGACAGAUACCACUUGUUGUCGGCCCUGACCUUGCUCUGGGUACGGUCAGGUUCUCAGCAGGAGCUACAAGGCAUAACCAUUCCUCCGCGGCCGAAACGGCCUGUGCCGACCUGGUCGUGGGCUUCGAUCGACGGCCGCAUUUCUCACAAAUUAAUGCAGCCUUCCGCCUCUUGGAGCCUCCACCACGGGAAGAGAGUAUGUAGAAUUGACUGCACGAAAGAUAGCCCGACAAAAUUGCUGCUCAAGCUUCGGUCACCUACUUUUGCCUUUGACAAAUCUAAGGUUCACUUCAUACCCGAUAUUCAACUCAAACCAGGGAGCACUCAGAACCUGCAGUGUGUACCGAUUCUCUACUACGAGGCGUCGAACAAAAAGAAGCCGAAAGUGAUAAUACAUGGCAUUGUCGUGAAGAAGGCGAAUAUAGCAGAGCUGGAAAUAGGGAUGGAGAUGGAGAUGGAGGAAGAACCGAGUCAAGAGUUGGAGAGGGUGGGCUAUUUUUGGUUGACAACUAAGGACAUGAGCUGGAAGCCCGAGCAUUCAUUUGGUCGGACAAGCCUUCCAACGCUAGUUAUUGUAUAG